AUGAACAUCUCAGAAGCAGGGCGACUUCUGGGCCAUUCAAGACUUCGACACAUACCAGGAAGACGCUACAACAGCAUGGGGAAAAUCAGGGGGAAUAACUACUUUGCAGAGACGACGAGAGACGUGUGGACGAUUAUCAACGAGGCAGCAGCGAAGGCUGCCGCCGAAUCGGUGGCCAACGGUGGCAGUGGGGCAGGAAAGGGCAUGAAGGUACUAAACCUUGGCCAGGGUUUCUUCUCGUACUCUCCUCCUGACUUUGCGAUUGCCGGCGCACAGCGUGCGCUGGAGAACGCCAUGAACAACCAGUACGCACCAACCCGGGGCCGGCCCGCGCUGGUGGAGGCGCUGUUGAAGCUAUACCGCCCCAUGUACGGGGAUCUAGCCGCAGAGAACGUGCAGGUGACUACUGGCGCCAACGAGGGUAUCUUCGCCUGUCUUGCUGGGCUUGUAAACCCAGGCGACGAGGUUAUUGUGUUCGAGCCUUUCUUCGACCAGUACAUACCUAACAUCGAGCUUCUGGGUGGCGUGGUGCGCUACGUGCCCAUCCGGCCACCAGCGGAGCUCUCGAAGCGGGUGACGGAGGGCACAGAGUGGGUCAUCGACUAUGAUAUGUUGCGCCAGACCAUCAAUGAAAAGACGAAAGCAGUGAUCAUCAACUCUCCGCACAACCCCAUCGGGAAAGUGUUCACGCGUGAAGAGUUGCUCAAGCUCGGGAACAUUUGCGUUGAGAAGGGUAUCUACAUUAUCUCUGAUGAAGUAUACGAGCACUUGUACUUCACUGACGAAUUUACCCGAAUCGCCACCUUGUCAGAGGAGAUCUCGCAGCACACGUUGACCGUCGGAUCUGCAGGAAAGUCCUUUGCUGCGACUGGCUGGCGUAUUGGCUGGGUCAUAUCCCGCAACAAGGAGUUGUUGGCCCUGGCCUCCAAGGCACACGUGCGCAUCUGUUUCAGUUCCCCUGCACCGCUGCAGGAGGCCUGCGCUGUUGCCAUUGAACACGCAUUGAAAACGACCUACUAUGCUGACACUCGUGCUGCCUACCAAAAGAAGUACGAGCGCUUCCAGAAGCCUUUCGACGAUCUGGGCUUGCCAUACACUCGUGCGGAGGGUUCUUAUUUCCUUCUUGUGGACUUUUCGCGCCUACCACUCCCCGCAGAUUACCACUUCCCUGAGGAACUUGCGGACAAAGGUCGCGACUUCCGCGUGGCCUAUUGGCUCAUUAAUGAGUUGGGUCUCGUCGCCAUCCCAUGUUCAAGUUUCUUCAUCCCUGACCAUCGCGAAGCAUCGGAGAACAUGCUUCGUUUCGCAAUUUGCAAGGACGAUACUUACCUAGAUGAGGCCAUCGAGAGGCUUAUGGUCCUGAAGAACUACUUAUAA